AUGUUCGGCUCUGGUAAAGCAGCCUCGGACAAUGGUAGCAGCAAGGACGAGAUAGUCCUGCUGCCAGUCCAAGCAAAGUCCGGCAUCCUCCGUGUCACAGAGAUCGAGACAAAAGUACAUGAUCCAAACCAACACACCAACCUUCCCAUCCCAGACCCGACGUUUGACCUACCAGACAAUCACCCUAACAAGAAUGCCAUCGAGGUACUAUGGCUUCCCCGUGGGUCGCACAGCUCCGACGACACGGGCGAGAAGGUCCGUCGCGCGCUGAAUAAUGAGAAGGAGAUGACCAUCUUGGGAUGCUGCAAGCAAUUCCCCAAAGCAAUCUUCUGGUCGCUGCUGCUGUUCCUCACUGUUGUUAUGGAGGGGUACGAUAAGAGUCUUGUCGCUGGAUUUGUCGCAUUUCCUGCAUUUCGACGACGGUAUGGCGAGGAGUUUGGUACGCCGAAUGGACCGAUUUAUGAGAUCUCACCGCUAUGGCAGACGGCGCUUCAGGUCUCGGCUAUUGCGUGUAUCUCAUGGGGUGUCAUCCAAACACUCGCAGCUACAUACGCCGCCGAGGUUGUCCCCUCAGCCAUCCGUGCCUGUCUUCUCAGCAUGACCAACAUGUGCUGGUCUCUCGUCCACAACAACUCAGAGUGGUCUUACCGUAUCCCCUUUGCCCUUCAAUGGGCCUUCGCCAUCCCUCUCCUCAUCGGCAUUAUCUUUGCCCCCGAAAGUCCAUGGUGGCUCAUCCGUCGUGAGCGCAAGGUCGAAGCGCGCCAUGCUCUGCAGCGCUUGACCAAGCAGUCUCAGCUCGAUAUCGACGACACCAUUGCUGUCAUGGAGCAUACUAACCGUAUUGAACGUAAGCUCAACUACGGCGGUUCAAGCUAUCUUGACUUGUUCAAGGGCGCCAACCUUCGACGAACUGAGAUUUGCUGCAUGGUUUGGUCUGUCCAGGCUCUGUGCGGUUGGAUUUUGACUGGUUACGCUCCUUACUUCCUUGAGCAGGCCGGCUUCGACUCGUCCAAAUCCUUCAGUCUGUCCACUGGCAUGUAUGGUAUGGCCUUGGUUGGAGGCAUGAUCUCUUGGUUCCUUCUAUCUCAUAUCGGCCGUCGCAAGCUGUACCUCACUGGCCUCGCCGCUGCUGUCUUUAUGCUUACACUUGGUGGUAUUCUCUCAGUCGUUCUUGAUGGUCAAAAGGGUCUCAACUGGUCCCUCGGUGCCAUUCUCAUCACAACAACCUUCUUAUAUAACCUGAGCAUCGGCCCAACAUGCUAUGUCAUCGUCGCCGAGAUCCCUUCUACCCGUCUUCGUGUUAAGACUAUCGCUUUGGCUCGCGUUGUCUACAACAUCUUCAUGAUCGUCAACAACGUCAUCGUUCCUCAGAUGCUUAACCCUACCGCUUGGAACAUGCAAGGAAAAUCAUGCUUCGUCUACGCUGGUACAGCUCUCCUUUGUCUCGUCUACUGUUACUUCCGUCUACCUGAGACCAAGGGUCUAUCGUACCUUGAGUUGGAUAUGUUGUUUGAGAAGGGGGCGCCUACUGCCAAGUUCAAGGAGUUGCAGCAGAGACUUGCGAACUCUGCAUACUUAACAGUUGACAGGGCGGAGCGCAUGAGGAAUGCUUGGCACGGUUGGCUCACAUAUUCAUAA